CUUGGUGUUUUCAUUUACGGUCGUAUGGCCGCCGAAACACGUGGGAAAGAAGGAGUAUGCGGCAUUAAAGUUAAAAGCUUUUUUCUUUGUCAUUAACUUUGUUUUCCAGUGUGAACAAAUAUUUCAGAAAUGCCUCCAACAAAUGUACCUCCGCAAAGCAGUGGUUUCGAUGGUCAACAGGAUCGUCCGUGCGAUGACACAUUUGCCGCUAUUGAGACCACACUCAGGCAGCGUAUCAUGAUAUUUGAUGGAGGAAUGGGCACAAUGAUCCAAAAAGAAAAACUGGAGGAAGAGGAUUUCAGAGGGAACGAAUUUAUUACAAGUGAACGUUUGCUGAAAGGGAACAAUGAUCUGUUAAGCAUCACCAAACCAGAUCUCAUCUACAAAAUCCACAAGGACUACUUAGAGGCUGGAGCUGACUUUGUGGAAACCAACACCUUUAGUGGAACUUCUAUUGCACAGUCUGAUUAUGGUCUCGAAAGCUUGAUUCACCGACUAAACUAUGAGUCAGCAAAAUUAGCUCGCAGAGCAGCAGAUGAGGUCACAAAGGCAACAGGUGUGAGACGCUAUGCAGCUGGAGCCAUUGGCCCUACAAACAGAACAUUGUCAAUUUCACCAUCAGUGGAGAAACCUGAGUACAGAAAUAUCACCUUUGAGCAGCUUGUGGAUGCAUACACAGAGCAAGCUAAAGCCCUUUUAGAAGGAGGUGUUGAUGUUCUGAUUGUUGAGACGAUCUUUGACACUGCCAAUGCAAAAGCUGCUUUAUUUGGCAUUCAGAACCUGUUCAAAGAGGGUUACAGGAAAUGUCCAGUGUUUGUAUCUGGCACCAUUGUUGACAAGAGUGGGCGAACACUGUCAGGACAGACAUCAGAAGCUUUUCUGAUCAGCGUCUCACAUGCACAACCAAUGUGCGUCGGACUGAACUGUGCACUGGGAGCUUCUGAAAUGAGGCCUUUCAUUGAAACCAUUAGCAGAAACACAACUGCUUAUGUUAUCUGCUAUCCUAAUGCAGGGCUUCCAAACACAUUUGGUGGCUAUGAUGAAACUCCAGAAAUGACUGCUAAGUGUCUGAAGGAAUUUGCACGAGAUGGACUGGUGAACAUUGUGGGAGGAUGUUGUGGCACAACACCAAGUCACAUCAAAGCUAUUGCUGAGACCAUGAGAUCUUUCAAACCCCGACAACCACCCACAGACCUGAGAAGUAAUGUCUUGUGUUUGUCAGGGUUGGAACCUAUGUAUAUCACACCAGAUUCCAUGUUUGUUAACAUUGGUGAGCGCUGCAAUGUAGCAGGCUCCAGAAUGUUCUGUCGUCUGAUCAAGACCGGAAAGUAUGAGGAGGCACUUAAUGUUGCUAAGACACAGGUUGAAAAUGGAGCCCAGAUUCUUGACAUCAAUAUGGAUGAAGGCAUGCUUAAUGGUGUUUCAGCUAUGCGUAUUUUUGUCAACCUUAUCACAUCUGAACCCGAAGUUGCAAAGGUUCCUCUGUGUAUAGAUUCAUCCAACUUUGCAAUAAUAGAGGCAGGCUUAGAAUGCUGUCAGGGAAAAUGUAUCGUAAACAGCAUAAGCCUAAAAGAAGGGGAAGAAGAUUUUCUGCGUAAAGCCGGCAUCAUCCAGCAGCAUGGCGCAGCUGUCGUCAUCAUGGCAUUUGAUGAAGAAGGACAGGCCACAGAUACUGCUCGAAAGGUUGAAAUCUGCACACGUUCUUAUUGGACUCUGGUUGAAAAGUUGAACUUCAACCCCAAUGACAUAAUUUUUGAUCCCAAUAUUCUCACCAUUGCUACGGGUAUGGAGGAGCACAAUAAUUAUGGAGUCUAUUUCAUUGAAGCAACUAGUAUUAUAAAGAAAACACUCCCUUGUGCAAGAGUCAGUGGUGGUGUGUCAAACUUCUCAUUUUCAUUUCGUGGCAAGGAAGCCAUCAGAGAGGCCAUGCAUAGUGUCUUCCUGUACCAUGCCAUCAAGGCUGGAAUGGACAUGGGUAUUGUGAAUGCUGGUGCUCUGCCUGUGUAUGAUGACAUUGACAAAGAGCUUCUGCAGCUUUGUGAAAAUCUCCUGUGGAACAGGGACCCUGAAGGCACAGAGAAACUCCUGACAUAUGCUCAGAACAAGGACACUGGUGUGAAGAAAGCAGAAAGCAUUGAUGAAUGGCGACAUAAUCCUGUUGAACAGCGCCUUGCGUAUGCACUCAUUAAGGGGAUUGACAAAUACGUCGUUGAAGACACAGAAGAAGCCAGAAAAGAUAAACAGGCAUAUCCCCGACCUCUCAAUAUCAUUGAAGGACCAUUGAUGAAAGGAAUGGGAACAGUUGGAGAUCUCUUUGGUGCUGGGAAGAUGUUCUUGCCACAAGUAAUUAAGUCAGCAAGAGUUAUGAAGAAAGCUGUUGGUCAUCUUAUUCCAUUUAUGGAGAAAGAGAAAGAAGAAGAACUUGCUCUUCAAGGGAAGAUCAGUACUGAGAGGUCAUAUGUGGGCACAGUGGUGCUAGCGACUGUGAAGGGUGAUGUCCAUGACAUUGGGAAAAACAUUGUGGCUGUUGUGCUUGGCUGUAAUAACUACAAAGUUAUAGAUCUUGGUGUGAUGACACCUUGUGAGAAGAUUCUUGAAGCUGCAGUCCAAGAAAAGGCAGAUAUUGUUGGACUGUCGGGUCUAAUCACUCCUUCACUUGAUGAGAUGAUUUAUGUUGCAAAAGAGAUGGAAAGGGUAGGACUUCAAGUUCCCCUUCUCAUUGGCGGAGCCACAACAUCAAGGGCACACACUGCAGUGAAGAUUGCUCCUCAAAGACAGAACCCAGUUGUUCAUGUUCUGGAUGCUUCAAAAUCUGUUGUGGUGUGCUCAUCACUGAUGGAUCCAAAUCAACGGGAGGAAUUUUGGGAGGAAAUCAAUGAAGAGUAUGAUGAGAUUCGUGAUGAAUUCUAUGAGACACUGAAAGAUCGGAAGUACUUGAGCUUAGACAAAGCAAGGAGUAAAAAGCUAAUGAUUGACUGGAUGUUGGAGCCAGCACCAGUAUGGCCAUCUUUCCUUGGAAUACACAAGUUUGUGGAUUUUGACCUACAGCUGUUAGUACCUUACAUAGACUGGCGACCUUUCUUCCAAGUGUGGCAACUACGUGGUCGCUACCCAAACAGAAAUUUUCCCAAAAUUUUUGAUGAUAAAGAUGUGGGAGAAGAAGCAAAGAGAGUAUAUGAUGAUGCCCAGUGCAUGCUGAAAGCUAUCAUUGAAAAUCAUUCUCUGAAAGCAAGUGCAGUUAUCGCCUUCUACAGAGCAAACAGUGUGGGUGAUGACAUUGAAGUUUAUGAUGAGAAUGGGAAGGUCAUUGAAGUUCUUCACGGCUUGCGGCAGCAGGCAGAGAAAGAUGGGGCAGACACAAGUCCUUACUACUGUCUAUCAGACUUCAUUGCCCCAAAGGAAAGUGGUAUCACCGACUUCAUUGGUUUGUUUGCAACUACAUCUGGGAUUGGAACAGAGCUACUAUGUAAAAGAUAUGAGGAGCAGAUGGAUGAUUAUAGUAGCAUUAUGGUGAAAGCACUGGCAGACAGACUUGCAGAAGCAUUUGCAGAGUACAUGCACGAGAUGGUUCGCAAAGAAUACUGGGGUUACAGUAGUGGAGAACACUUGGAUGCAAAUGAACUUCAUAAAGUAAAAUACCAGGGUAUCAGGCCAGCCCCUGGGUAUCCUAGUCAGCCUGAUCACACAGAAAAGAAGAUUAUGUGGCAACUGUUGCAAGCAGAUGAUGUGGGAAUAGUCCUGACAGAGUCCCUGGCAAUGGACCCAGCCUCUUCUGUUUGUGGACUUUACUUUGCAUCGCCACAUUCUGUGUACUUUGCUACAGGCAAGAUGACAAAAGAACAAAUGGUGGAUUAUGCAGCCAGGAAAGGAAUGGAAGUAUCUGAAGUUGAGCGGUGGUGUGGGUCAGUGCUGGCUUAUGAACAGGGUGCAAACGCUUAAACCAUGCCUGGCUUGGCAUACAUUGGGAGGUGGUAGU